AUGUCCAAACAAAAGGAAUCUAAUUCUUAAAUAAACAGUUUUGAGCCUAUUGGAUCUUAAAUUAAAAAGGAAUAAAAAUGCUAUGCCUUUACUUUUAAUACAAAAAAUACCUUGCUUUUUGUAGGUCUGUAAAGAUCAUUAGAUAUUUAUUCCUUCAAACAUGGAACAUUAAAAUAUUUGAAAUAAUUUAUUAAACAUAAAGAACAAAUAAGCACUUUAAAUUAUUUAAAAAGAAAUUAAAGCAUUAUUUCCACAUCUUUUGAUAACAGUAUUAUUGUAUGGUCAUAAAAUUUAUUAUCAAGUUAGAAGUUCAUUUAAAAAUUAAGCAAACAUAGUAACGGAAUUUUAUGUUUAGCAAUAACACCUUUUGAGGAAGAUUGGAUAGUGAGUGGCAGUCAUGAUGAAACCAUUAAAUUCUGGAGUUAAAAGUAAUCUUAAUGGAUUUGUUAAAAAAGUAUAGAAGGAAACGAUUCACCAAUUUGGUCAUUAUCAAUGCUUGAAUCUGGUGUUAAAUUUAUAUCAUUAAGCUCUUAUUAUAUCAUGGUAUUUAAAUGUGUUAAUUCUAAAUGGAUUAUGAAUUAAUAGAUAGAACAUUAGACUUUUGGUUUAAGAGUUUGCUUUAUAAAUAAUGGAACAUUCAUAUUUUAACCUGAAUAUUAAAAUUUUUUUUAUGUUUAUACUCUUAGUAAAAAUGGAGAAUACUAUACUAAAACCCCAAAUCCUCCUGAUGAUGAUGCUGAACCAGAUGAUGAAUUAUUUCCUGCGAUAUAUAACAAUAAAAAGAGUAUUGUUUUACUAAAAAAUAUGAAUGACCUUUAGAUAUUUAAGGUUUAAAAAAAUAAAGGUAUGAUAAUUAAUUAGAAAUAGAUAAGAAAAAAACAGACAUUAAAUUUAACUAAUUGAUUAAAUUUAAAGUUACUUCUGUAUAUGGAACGCUUACUGAUAAUGGUGAAUAUUUAAUAACUUGGGAUGACCAUUCCAAAUUGAUUUAAGUGAGAAAAUGGAUGAAAUUAAAAUGA